UGUUUUGAAUGAAAUCUUCAGAAGAUCGAAAGUUAUUUUGUGAAAAGGUCGGCUGAACAUCAGUGUUGAUCCCUCAUUCAUUCCUACAUAGGAAUCACAUCAAUGCAAUGAACGAUCUAACUGAAUUCCUUUCAGACCAGUCGAUGAGGUACGGGGCGGUGAGACUCGCCGUCCCUCCUGGUUUCCAGAACAUUAUCCGUCUCAUCUCGCACGAGGUCCUACGGGAGCAACCCCAGGAUAACAUCAAGUUCAUUGCUGACUUCCUACAGGAUGUGCUCACCAUUAGAGACAGUACCGGCUAUGACCCGGUCCAACAGGGGGAGCUUAUAGAGCGAGUCCAGUCCCAGUACAGCCAGCUCAGAAAGGACAGGGCGGCCUUAUCAGAGAAGCAGGUCAAGAGACCUGUACCCCAGGAGGAGGAGGAGGGGGGCGAGACCGGGGACAAGGCGGGGGGCGAUACCGGCCCUGCUACCAAGAAACAAGCAACAGAAACAGCAUCGACUCCGGUAAAUGAUGUCAUUGAGAAAGUUGAGGAAUCAGCCAAUCAGGAUGCAGAUACUGAGGCAAAUCCUGAAGAAACAGAGACUACACCACAGGAAACUGAAGAAGCACCGUUAGAAGCUGAAGCUGCUCCACAGGACACUGAAGAAGCACCGUUAGAAGCUGAAGCUGCACCACAGGACACUGAAGAAGCACUAUUAGAAGCUGAAGCUGCACUGCAGGACACUGAAGAAGCACCAUUAGAAGCUGAAGCUGCACUGCAGGACACUGAAGAAGCACCAUUAGAAGCUGAAGCUGCACCGCAGGACACUGAAGAAGCACCAUUAGAAGCUGAAGCAGCACCGCAGGACACUGAAGAAGCACCAUUAGAAGCUGAAGCUGCACCCCAGGACACUGAAGAAGCACCAUUAGAAGCUGAAGCUGCACCGCAGGACACUGAAGAAGCACCAUUAGAAACUGAGACAGCACCUGAAGAAAGUGAAUCAACACCACAAGGAAUUGAGGACGUACCACCUGAAACCACAGAAGAGGCUGCAGACAGCACACAGGAACCAGCUGAAAUGGCACCGGAACCGGCUGAAAUGGCACAGGAACCAGCUGAACCGGCACAGGAACCUCCCAAUGCCACAGAGGAACCAAGCGUCAUAUCAGAAGAACCUUCAGAAGCAAAUUAG